AUGACGCGACGCAGUUCCAGUAUUGGGAUUUCCUCAGCUGGUGGCAUCCCCUCAGGCACAGGCGAGGACCUGAUGCGGAGGUUAUCGCGCACCUUCUCCGGUAAAUCGCAGGUUUCAGAUCGUGAAGAUGCCGACCGGAUCUGGGACGAUGCUGAAGGCAGCGUUGAAGACGACGAUUCCGUCAAGACUAAGGUUGAAGAUUGGAAACUCGCCCCAUUCGUGAAGAAAAUUCCGCUCAACGAUCCAGCAAACGGACGAAAGUUGGGCGUGAGCUGGAAAGGGUUGACAGUGAAGGUGGUACCUUCGGACGCCUUGCUGCAGGAGAAUAUGCUCAGCCAGUUCAAUAUACCACAACAGAUAAGGGAAGGACGCCAUAAACCAGGCCUGAGGACCAUCUUGGACGGAAGUUCGGGUUGCGUGAAGCCUGGAGAGAUGUUGCUUGUUCUAGGAAGGCCAGGUAGCGGUUGCACCACGUUGUUGAAGAUGCUGGCGAACAAACGCAAGGGUUAUGCAGAAAUCGAAGGCGACGUGCACUGGGGCACUCUAGAUGCUAAACAAGCAAAGCAAUAUCGCGGAUCCAUCGUCAUCAAUACCGAGGAAGAGCUUUUCUUCCCUACGCUCACUGUAGGAAAGACCAUGGACUUUGCGACCCGCCUCAAUAUUCCACAACACCUACCAAAAGAUGCCGAGAAUGCUGAGGACUUCCGAAAGAAGUUCAAAACCUUCCUGAUGGACUCCAUGGGUAUCUCGCAUACCGAGGACACGAAAGUCGGCGAUGCUUAUGUCCGGGGUGUGUCCGGUGGUGAGAGGAAGAGAGUCUCAAUCAUCGAGACAAUUGCCAACAGAGCAAGCGUUGUGUGUUGGGACAACUCGACACGCGGUUUAGAUGCUUCCACCGCUUUGGAGUACACAAGAGCGCUCCGAUGCUUGACUGACGAACUAGGCAUUGCUACAAUCGUCACGCUAUAUCAAGCUGGAAAUGGCAUAUACGAUCUUUUCGAUAAGGUUCUUGUCCUCGACGAAGGCAAACAAGUCUACUACGGACCACGUGAACAGGCUCGGCCUUUUAUGGAGUCUCAAGGCUUUGUCUGUGGCGAAGGUGCUAAUGUCGCUGAUUACUUGACGGGUGUCACUGUGCCGAGUGAGCGACAGAUCCACCCCGACUUCGAAUCACGUUUUCCGCGCAACGCCGGAGAACUGGAGCUGGCAUAUCGCCAGACUGACAUCAAGGCCACCAUGGAUCACGAAUUGAACUAUCCCGCAACUGAGGAAGCAAAGAGUAACACACAUAAUUUCUGCGAGGCAAUCACGCUCGACCGAUCGCCUCGCCUCCCGAAAUCAUCACCCAUGACUGUCUCGUUCCAGGAUCAAAUCAAAGCUUGCGUCAUUCGACAAUACCAAAUCCUCUGGGGAGACAAGGCAACCUUCUUCAUCAAGCAAGGCUCCACUAUUGUUCAGGCCCUCAUCGCCGGCUCUCUGUUCUACAAUGCUCCCUCAAAUUCAGCUGGCCUAUUUGUGAAGGGUGGUUCGCUUUUCCUGGGAUUGUUAUACAACGCCUUGAUGGCCAUGUCUGAGGUCACCGAUGCGUUUGCUGGUCGACCCAUUCUCGCGAAGCACAAGAACUUCGCCUUCUACAACCCUGCCGCUUUCUGUAUCGCUCAGAUCACAGCAGAUGUCCCAAUUCUAUUUUUCCAAGUCACUGUGUUUAUAAUCAUCCUGUACUGGAUGACUGCGCUGAAAGCGACCGCGGCGGCUUUCUUCACUUGUUGGUUCAUCGUCUACUUGACUACGUUCACCAUGACAGCGUUCUUCCGUAUGAUUGGCGCUGCCUUCCCGAAUUUUGAUGCUGCUUCUAAAGUCUCUGGCUUUUCGCUGACCGCACUUAUCCUUUAUAUUGGGUAUCAGAUCGCGAAACCUGCAAUGCACCCCUGGUUCGUCUGGAUCUACUGGAUCGACCCUCUCUCUUACGGUUUCGAAGCAGUGAUGGCCAAUGAGUUCAAGGAAACGACCAUACCUUGUGCAGUCAACAAUCUCAUUCCAAACUAUCUUCCUCAGUACCUCGAUCCUGCUCACCAGUCUUGCGCUGGUGUCGGUGGAGCUGCUCUAGGCGCCACUUCAGUGUCUGGGGAGGACUAUCUUGCUAGUCUUUCAUACCAGCCAUCUCACAUUUGGCGCAAUGUCGGCAUCCUGUUCGCUUGGUGGGUGUUAUAUGUCGGCCUCACAAUCUUUUUCACCCAACGAUGGGAUGACACCGCAGGUUCUUCCGGUGCCCUUCUCAUCCCUCGCGAGACCGCUAAGAAGGUCCCGGCCCAGAUCACCGCUCCAGCUGAUGAAGAAGCUCAAGUCAAUGAGAAGUCUCCUCGGGCUACGGCUGUCGGUAACAAUAGCGCCGACGCUACCCAGGAUGAUGUUGAAGGAUCGCUUAUGCGAAACACAUCAGUUUUCACGUGGCGGAACCUGUCCUACGUUGUGAAGACGCCAUCGGGAGACCGUACUUUGCUCGAUAACGUCCAUGGGUAUGUGAAACCAGGCAUGCUUGGCGCUCUCAUGGGAUCCUCUGGCGCUGGAAAAACAACUCUACUGGAUGUGCUUGCUCAGCGCAAGACUGAAGGCACGAUCCAUGGAGAGAUUUUGGUUGAUGGUCGUCCACUCCCGGUAUCUUUCCAACGCUCCGCUGGUUACUGUGAACAGCUUGACGUACACGAGCCUUUUGCCACUGUGAGGGAAGCCCUUGAAUUUUCGGCACUUCUUCGCCAAAGCCGAGAAACACCGGACGCUGAGAAGCUGGCAUACGUGGAUACCAUCAUUGACCUACUUGAGCUUCAUGACAUUGAGCAUACCCUUAUUGGCAGGCUCGGCGCUGGUCUUUCCGUUGAGCAGAGGAAGCGUGUCACUAUCGGCGUGGAGCUAGUUUCGAAGCCUUCCAUCCUAAUCUUCCUCGACGAGCCAACUAGUGGUCUUGACGGACAAGCAGCAUACAAUACCGUCCGAUUCCUCCGAAAACUCGCUGAUGUUGGUCAAGCAGUCCUCGUCACUAUCCAUCAACCUUCUGCCCAGCUCUUUGCCCAGUUUGAUACACUGCUCUUGCUGGCGAAAGGUGGCAAGACUGUCUAUUUCGGUGACAUUGGCGACAAUGCGAAAACGAUCAAAGAUUAUUUCGGCCGCCAUGGAAUGCCUUGCCCUGCAGGUGCCAACCCUGCUGAGCAUAUGAUUGAUGUGGUCUCUGGUAGCAAGUCUUCGCAAGACUGGAAUAAGAUUUGGCUAGAUUCGCCCGAGGCUGCUCGCAUGCAUCAUGACCUGGAAGACAUCAUUACCGACGCCGCUAACAAGCCACCUGGAACCAAAGAUGAUGGCAAUGAGUUUGCUACCACUAUCUGGACACAGACUAAGAUCGUCACUCACAGAUCUAACGUUAGCUUGUACCGCAACAUUGACUACGUCAAUAACAAGUUUGCUCUGCACAUUGGUGUGGCGCUCUUCGUUGGUUUCUCUUUCUGGAAGAUUGGAAACACGGUCCAUGAUCAACAACUCAUCCUGUUCGCUCUAUUCAAUUACAUAUUCGUUGCACCUGGUGUCAUCGCGCAACUACAGCCCCUCUUCAUCGAACGUCGCGAUAUCUACGAAGCCCGCGAACGCAAAUCGAAGAUGUACCACUGGAGCCCGUUCGUCACAGGCCUCGUUGUGUCUGAACUUCCUUACCUUGUUAUCUGCGCGAUUUUCUAUUUCGUCUGCUUCUACUACACGGCUGGACUGCCGACCGACUCCAACAAAGCUGGUGCAACCUUCUUCGUCAUGCUGAUGUAUCAAUUCAUCUAUACCGGCAUAGGCCAGUUCGUCGCCGCGUAUGCACCAAACGCCGUCUUCGCCUCGCUCGUCAAUCCCUUACUUAUCGGUACUCUCGUCUCCUUCUGCGGUGUCCUGGUUCCCUACGCCCAGAUCCAACCAUUCUGGAAAUACUGGUUGUACUACCUGAAUCCCUUCAACUACAUGAUGGGCUCGCUUCUCGUGUUCUCCGACUUCGACUGGAAGGUUGAGUGCACGGAAACGGAAUUUGCGCGCUUCGAUCCGCCUUCCAACCAGACUUGCGGAGAGUACCUCGCAGCGUGGCUUCAAGGGCCUGGCGCGAGCAACAACCUCGUCAACCCAGAUGCCACGAGCCAGUGCAAGGUUUGCCAGUACACUGUUGGCAAGGACUACCUCGCCACUGUCAACCUAGGCGAAUACGUCUAUGGCUGGCGCGACGCUGGCAUUUGUGUCAUCUUUGUGUUGUCAGGUUAUGCGUUGGUGUACCUGCUCAUGAAACUGCGUACCAAGGCGAGCAAGAAGGCCGAGUAA